AUGUCCUAUUCGGAUGACGGCCACGGCUUCCAGGACCUGCUGCUGCUAUUUCUGGUGAUGCCUCAGACCGGGCACAAUGGGAAGUUGGCUUGUUGCACAGAAGUUAAAAAAAAUAUGUUAUCAAAUUUAUCAGUUUUCGGCAUCGGCGUCUUCUGUGGCGUCCUCCCCUGCCUUCAGAGUCCUCACGGCCUUCGGAGCCCGGACUGGAGCGCGGCCUCGCCGGUCAUGGAGAUGAAGGCCAUGUGCGUCCUGAAGGGCCAGGGCCCGGUGGAAGGCACCAUCCACUUCGUGCAGAAGGGAAGUGGGCCUGUUGUGGUGUCAGGAACCAUUACAGGAUUGACUGAAGGCGAACAAGGAUUCCACAUCCAUCAGUUUGGAGAUAAUACCCAAGGCUGUACCAGUGCAGGUCCUCACUUUAAUCCUCUAUCCAAAAAACACGGUGGACCAAAAGAUCAAAAGAGGCAUGCUGGAGACCUGGGCAAUGUGACUGCUGGCAAGGAUGGUGUGGCCACCAUGCCCUUGGAAGAUUCUCUGAUCACACUCUCAGGAGACCAUUCCAUCAUUGGCUGCCCAGUGGUGGUCCACGAGAAAUGAGAUGACUUGGGCUAAGGUGGCAAUGAAGAAAGUACACAGAUGGGAAACGCCGGGAGUCAUUUUGUUUGUGGCGUCAUUGGGAUCGCCACGCAAAUAUUCCCUAGGAUGUGAUCUGAGUCCUAGGAGCUCCUAUGUUACCUUGCUAGUUGUAGAAAUUUAACGUGAUAAACAUUAAACACUGUAACCUUAAAAGUGUAA